CAUGCUUUUUAGUAUAUAUCUGUAUUGUUUUAGGUAAAAAAUAAAGUUUAUCACUGGUUAAUUUGCAAUGAAACUUAUUAUGUAAUGCUACCAUAUGAUUUUGAUUGAUUAUUACAAGAGACAAGAGAAAAAAUGUCGAAGAAAGCUGCAGAAUCUGUGAAAGUGGUAGUGCGAUGUCGUCCAAUGAAUGAGAAAGAGGUUGCAGCUGGAUAUGAAAGAGUUGUAGAUAUGGAUGUUAAGAGGGGAAUUGUUGAUCUGAAAAAUCCCGCUAAAGCAAACGAAGUUCCAAAAGAGUUUACAUUUGAUGCUGUGUAUGACUGGAAUUCAAAACAGCGUGAUCUUUAUGAUGAAACUUUUGCAGAUCUUGUUGAAUCAGUGUUAAACGGCUACAAUGGUACAAUCUUUGCAUAUGGGCAGACUGGUACUGGAAAAACAUUUACUAUGGAAGGUGUUCGAAGUGAUCCUGAGCUGCGUGGUAUAAUUCCAAAUUCUUUUGAUCACAUGUUCACGCACAUAUCGAGAACACACGAUCAACAAUACCUUGUUAGAGCUUCAUAUUUAGAAAUUUAUCAGGAAGAAAUUAAGGAUCUCUUGUCUAAAGAUCAUAAAAAAAAGCUUGAGUUAAAAGAAAGACCAGAUACUGGUGUUUACGUGAAGGAUUUACAAUCUUUUGUAACCAAAAGUAUAAAAGAGAUAGAACAUGUCAUGAAUGUUGGCAAUCAGAACAGAGCUGUUGGAGCUACAAAUAUGAAUGAACAUUCUUCAAGGUCACAUGCUAUCUUCGUUGUUUACAUUGAAUGUAGCGAGGUUGGACCAGAUGGAGAAGCUCACAUAAGAGUUGGUAAAUUAAAUAUGGUAGAUCUUGCUGGCAGUGAACGACAGGCUAAAACAGGGGCUACAGGUAAUCGUUUAAAAGAAGCCACAAAAAUCAAUUUAUCGCUAUCAGCUCUUGGUAAUGUGAUUUCAGCUCUUGUUGACGGAAAAAGCACUCACGUCCCCUAUCGAGACUCUAAGUUGACUCGUUUACUACAAGAUUCACUCGGAGGAAAUGCAAGAACUGUCAUGGUUGCAAAUAUGGGACCUGCAAGCUACAAUUAUGAAGAAACUUUAACAACACUAAGAUAUGCAAAUCGAGCAAAGAAUAUAAAAAAUAAACCUAAGAUAAAUGAAGAUCCAAAAGAUGCUUUAUUGAGGGAGUUCCAAGAAGAAAUAAAAAGAUUACGUAACCAACUAGAUAAGAAAGGUGGUGGAAAAUCAGGAAGCGGAAGAAAAAAGAAAAAAGUACGAAAUGCUGAUGGUAGUAUUGUUGAAGAAGAUGAUGAUGACGAUGAUGAUGGUGAUGAAUAUUUAAAACAACAGCAAGCACAACUUGAACAAGAGAAACAAAAACUUCUUCAAAAUCACACCAUGGUCGAAGAAGAAAAGCAAAAGUUGAUAAUGGCAAUUGAUAAACGUUCUAGUCAAGUAAAAAAAGAACGUCAGAAAGCUGCAGCUAUUGGUUCUAAAAUCAAGGCAAUGGAAAGUAAGUUACUUGUUGGCGGAAAGACCAUUUUAGACAAGACAACAGAACAAGAAAAAGCACUGGAACAAAGAAGAAAGGAAAUUCUUGAACAAAAGAAACGUGAAAGAGAGAUGGCACAAAAACUGGAGCAGGAAGAAGAGAAUGCUGUGGAAAUUCGUGAAAACUACAGUUCUUUGCAACAAGAGGUUGAUGUCAAGACUAAGAAACUAAAAAAGUUGUUCACAAAACUUCAAGUGACGAAACAAGAAAUUAUUGAUGUUCAAGAAGAACAUAUUCGAGAAAGACAAGAGUUAGAGACAAGUUUUGAGGACUUGAACAGAGCUAUCAAAUUAAAAACUCUAAUCAUCGAAAAUUUCGUACCAGCCGCAGAUCGUGAGAAGGUGAAGAAAAGAGCAUUAUACAAUGAAGAAGAUGAAAACUGGUCAUUAAAACCAUUAACUCAAGCUGCUGCAACUCAGCAAAUGGCUAAACGACCAGCAUCUGCUUUUGGUAAUAAACGUCCUAUAUCAGAAUAUGCUAGAAAAGCAGCGUUGAUGGGUGGAAGUGCAAGAUACAAGAUGGAAAAUAUCAUCCAACUGGAGUUAGAUAUGCCCACACGAACAACACGUGACUACGAGGGACCUACUGUUGCUCCGAGAAUACAGGCAGCUCUUGAUGCAGCAUUGCAAGAUGAAGAUGAUCUUAUAUUGGAUGCGUCAGCUUUGAACAGUUUCAACACGAAGAUUAGAAUGAAGGGCAAACGAGGGGAAAGACCGAAAACUGCGAAAUUGUUGGGAAACGGGGGUGUAAUACGUAAUGGUCUUGAUGCAACGGAGAGUUUUCCAACUGCGAGAGGGCUGGUAAAAAACUGAAUUUUAUCAAUGCACUGCACUUGUCGGUAGAAGAAAAGAAUUACAUGGCUUUCAAAGCGAAGUAUUAUUUGCGAUUAUAACUGUGACGCUGAAAUGUUUUUUAUGAACUGUAAAAAAAGAAGAAUUUGUAAAUAGGAUUAUAAUGAUAACAAGAUUAACUUAUUUGCAAA